CCGCUCGCUCCUCCCAGUGGGCGGAGUUGGACUCGCUGUUCUCCGCCCCAAGCGGCGUGCGCGGGCUUGCCUCUGCCUUCGCUCGCCGACCAUGGCGGCCCGGGACCCGGCGUCCGCCUGCAGCGUCGACUCCUUCCAGCUGAAGCACAUGCACUUGGGGCUGCGCGUGGAGUUCGGGUCGGCGCCGGGCAGCGGGAGCCUGCAGGGGUCGGUCCGCCUGGAGCUGACCUGCCUGCGGGAUGGCGCGAGCGAGGUCGUGCUCGACUCGCAUCCCACCGUGGAGGUGGAAAAAGCCGCCUUGGCGCCGCCGGGGAGCCGCUGCAACCGCGGCGGCGGCGGCGGCGGUGGAGACGGCCCGGAGUCCGGCGCGCUGCGCCCGCUCGCUUUCCAGAACCGCCCGUUCGCCCGCUUCGGCUCCGCGCUGCAUCUCACCCUGCCUGAGCCCUUGACCUGUGGAGACACGGUGGUGCUGGAGAUCUCCUACCAGGCCGGAGGCGGCCCCGGGGUGUGUUGGCUUACUCCUGAGCAGACCGCAGGGAAGCAGAAGCCCUAUAUGUACACCCAAGGCCAAGCUGUUCUGAAUAGAUCCUUUUUCCCUUGCUUUGACACCCCUGCGGUUAAAAGCACAUACUCUGCUAUAAUAAAGGUCCCUGAAGGGUUCACCGCUGUAAUGAGUGCAAUUACUUGGGAGAAGCAGAAGGACAACACUUUCCUCUUCAAGAUGCCUUUGCCUAUUCCAUCCUAUUUGGUUGCCCUGGUUGUUGGAGACAUAGUUUCUGCAAAAGUGGGACCCAGGAGUCACGUAUGGGCUGAGCGUUGCCGGAUUGAUGAUGCUAAGAAAGAGUACGAUGGUGUGAUUGAAGAGUUUCUGACUACAGGGGAGAAGCUUUUUGGGCCAUACGUCUGGGAAAGGUACGACGUUCUGUUUAUGCCACCCUCGUUCCCUUUUGGAGGGAUGGAAAAUCCGUGUAUCACCUUUGUCACACCGUGCCUGUUGGUUGGAGAUCGUUCCUUGGCAGACGUGAUCAUCCAUGAGAUCUCGCACAGCUGGUUUGGAAAUCUAGUCACCAAUGCCCAGUGGGGGGAGUUCUGGCUGAAUGAGGGCUUCACGAUGUAUGCGCAGAGGAGAAUUACUUCAGUAAUCUAUGGUGCUGCUUACACCUCCUUGGAAGCUGCUGCAGGGAGGGCUUUGCUCCGUCAGCACAUGGACGCUACGGGGGAAGAUCAUCCUCUCAACAAGCUCAGAGUGAAAAUAGAGCAAGGUGUUGAUCCUGAAGACACCUAUAAUGAGACCCCUUAUGAAAAGGGCUAUUGCUUUGUCUCCUACCUUGCUCACCUUGUGGGGGACCAGAAAAAGUUUGAUGCCUUCCUUCAGGCUUAUGUCAACGAGUUCAAGUUUCAGAGCAUUACAGCCGAUGAUGCUCUGGAGUUUUACCUGAAGUAUUUCCCGGAACUGAAGGAACGAGGGGUGGAUACCAUUCCAGGCUUUGAAUUCGACCGAUGGCUGAGUACACCUGGUUGGCCUCUGUACCUUCCUGACCUUUCACCUGGAGAAGAACUGAUGAAGCCAGCUGAGGAACUGGCAGAACUCUGGGCAUCUGCUGAUCCCAACAUGGAGGCCAUUCGAGCAGUGGAUAUCUCUGCUUGGAAAACCUACCAGCUGAUCUAUUUCCUGGAUAGGAUUUUAGAGAAGUCCCCUUUGCCUGAUGGCACUGUUGGGGAAAUGAGUCGUCUGUACCCCAAGAUCUCAAAAUCUCAGAAUGCAGAACUGCGUCUUCGUUGGUGCCAGAUUGUCCUCAAGAACAAUCAUGAGGCUGAGUUCAGCCACGUGAAAGACUUCCUUCAAUGCCAGGUUUGUGGCUGGGAAAGCAGAAAUACACCCUUCCCAUCUACCGGGCCAUGGUGAGUGGUUCAGAGACUGCCCGUGCACUAGCCGUGAAAGUGUUUGGUGCCACAGCACCCCAACUCCAUGUGAACGUCCAAAACUAUGUUAAAAAAAUCCUAGGCUUGAAUACUGAAGAAAAUUAGCAAGAAAAUCGCAAAGCCAAAGCAAUUUAUUAUCCGAGCUUCAGCAAAUGUCUGUUGUCAAACCCUUUUUCCAGGUUCAUAAAGUGUGAGGAUGGGUCUCGCACUCCACAGAGUCACGUCUCUUCUACAGGACUCUGAUAAAAUGCUGGGAUUUUUUAUUCCCUUUCUAGGAUUUCCUAGAAAGUGAAACUUCCUCAUGGAUAACUUGCUGGUUUAAAUGUUUUUUUAAAUUGUCUUUAAAGUUUGUAAACAUAAAAGUUACAAAACUAUAUACACAAAGUUUAUAUGUCAAAGUAUGUUUUGAAAAUGUUAGAUUGAAUUAAAUAAUAAUAUUUGUGUGUUUCAAUUUUUAAAAAAGCAAGGGUUGGUGGUUUUCAUUAAAUCAGUGACACUUU